UGAUAACCUAAUGAAUUCAUUCAAUUUAUUUCAGAAUUUAUCGAAAAAUAUCGAUACGAAUCAAUUAAAUGAUGAUACCUUAUUAGGUGCUGAUCAUCUUAUUGAACAAUUAAUACAACAGCAACGAAAUCAACAACAACAAAGGCAUGCACCAGUUAACACAAAUGUUGGAAUUACUCAACAAAUACCACCGAAUCAUCAUCAACAACAGCAGCAUGCAUCCUCAUCGACAACAACAACAUUAUCUGAUAAUCAUCAAAUGAGAUUAUUAUUAAAUCAUCUUAUACAACAACCACCGAAUCAACCACAACAUUAUGCAACAACCAAAGAUGAAUUUCUUGCAUUGAAUACUCAUCAACAAAGGGAACAAUAUCUAUUGGAUAGAUUUGAACAAUUUAAUCUUACAUCAUCAACGGCUAAUAAUAAUCUCACCAGUCCAAUGAUGAAAGAUCAAUUACGACAAGUAUUGAAUGAACAACAACAACAAUAUCAUCCAUCACAUCAUCAUCAUCAACAACAACCUAUACAGCAACAACAACCACCAACAUCAAUGGGAUAUCAUCAUCAUCAGCACAUUGAUGAUGAUCAAUUAAGCACUGCCAGUAGUUCCGGAGGUGGUGGUGGUAUUAUUGGAACUGGACGUAUAACUGCCAAAAAAUUAUCAUUAGAUGAAACAUCAACAAUGACAGCAAACGUUGCUAAUGCUAGACAGCAAAUGCCACAACCUCAACAACAGCCACAACUUUUACAACGUACACAAUCCUAUGAACCUGUAAAUUUUAUUCAGCAGCCACCACAACAGUCCAUUCCGAAUCAUUCAUCAUAUGGAUCUGAUUCUGUGGUAUCACACGGCCAAUUAUCGCAACCGGUUGAAGAUCCAUUACAAUUGUUGAAGAAAUAUGCCGCUAGUGGUAAUGAGAAUUUCGUUCCAGGUGCAUUAUCCGUAACCGAUGUUGAAGAAAUACAACGACGUGAAGCUGAAGAACGAUAUCAUCAUGAACAGGAACAAAAAAGAAAUCAACAACAACGAUUACAACAACAAAUUGUGAAAUCGGAUGAAUCUACAGCCAUUGUAAUGGAUAAAUAUCAAAUGAUGGUCGAUACGACUAAUGAUUCGGUUGCCAAUGAAAUGGAAUUUAUUGAAGUUCAACGAAAUAAGCAUCGAAAUCAACAAAAACAACAACCAAAUCAAAAAUUACAAAAAAUUCCAUCAACAACACCUUGUAAACAACAUGAACAGACACAAUCAUCACCGCAACCUCCUACGAAAACUCCACCCCCACUACAACAACAGCCGCCAACAUCAGUUAUCCUACCACAAAUGCCACAAUUGCCUAAAAAAGCUGUAUGGGGUAGUCAAAGUGUUGACAAUGUUGAAACACAACAACAGCCUCAACCACAGCUUAGUAUUGCUGAAAUUCAACGACUUCAAGAGGAAAAGGAAAAAGAAGAACGACGUAUCCGUCAAGAACAACAGAUGCAAAUGAAUGCAGCAGCAAUUCUUGCUCAACAACAGCAACAACGAUCAAUGAAGUGGGCAACACAACCAUGGCAAGAACAGCAGACACCCGUUCAGAUCAAAACAUUAACAGAAAUUCAAGCGGAAGAAGCAGAAAAACAGGCAGCCUUAUUACGUCAGCAGCAGCAACAACAACAAGAAGCAAUGGAAGCAGCAAUUCGUCGACGACAAGAUCCACAUUCUCAAGGGGUUUUUACACCUUUAUCGGUGAUUGUAGCCAAAGGUUCGGGAAAUCAACAACAACCACCACCUGGUGUUUGGAACGGAUCACCAAAACCUGUACGAUCUGGUGCCGCCUGGGAUUCUGGAAUAGUAGCUGAUGAUGAAUCACAAAAUCAUCCAUCAUCACAGAUGACAGCGGCAUCUUCACAACAAAUCAACUAUAAAGCUGCUGUUGCAGCCGGACAAAAACCGAAGAUUGAUAGUUUAGCAUUACGACAAGUGCUCAAAACAAAUCCCAAAGUGAAGGAUCAAUCACUUAUGAUGUUCGUCCGUAAUGAAAUCGACAAUCCUGAGGAAUUGUAUCGUUCUUCAGUGGAAUUGUUGAACAAACAUUUCGAUAAUAUUGAUGCCAUUGGUUUUUUGAACAUUGUGAAAGAUCUUGGUUCACCAGCUGAAGUAUCGGAAUAUUGUCAAUCAUAUCUUGGUAGUAAUAAUGUUUCAAAAUCAUUUGUAAAAUUUUUCAUCACACGAAAAACGUAUCUGAUAAAAUUGAAACAACAACUGGAACAAGAGAGAAAUAAACAAUCACAAACCGUGACAAAGAAAAUAUCCAAUUGGAAUAAUGCACAAGAACACGAAGAACGAGUGAUCAAUUACAAAUCGGCAUUAUCAGCUAAUAAUAAUAAGACAUCAAUUCAAUCGUCGUCGUCGGGACAAUCACCAUCAAAUAGUAAUGGUAACAAUCAUUCAAGCGCACAUAUCAAGCCAGCUACACUGAAAGCACAGAUUGUCAAUAAUCUUAAUAAUAAAUCAGCAAACAAAGGAAAUGAUGAUAUAAAUCUAAUGACCAUACAGGUUGAAUCAAUGGAAGAAUUCGAUAAAUGGUGUCUAGAUGUACUUAGACAAAAUUUUGAGCUUACCAUUGAUGCUGAAACAUUCAUUGGUUUCUUGAAGGACAUUGCAUCGCCUGAUGAAAUUAAUGAUUAUGUACAAACAUAUCUGGGCAGUAAUAAAAUUUCCCGUGAUUUUGCCAAAAAUUUUAUUACUAAACGAAGCUAUCUUCGUAAUAAAGCCCGACAAAUUGAACCAUAUGAGGAUAUGUGUGGUCCAGCACCAGCUUUAACACCUGGUGGUGUGGAUAAUAAUGGCUUCGUUACUGUAUCCAGUUCGAAUAAAAAGAAACGAAGUAAAAAUAAACAAUCAACAACAUAAUCAUAAAUCAAAAAAAAAAAGAUUCAUAAAUGUGAUUUAAUUAAUUAUCCAAUUGAUCGAAAUCGUAGAUGUAAAAAACAAAUGAAUACCUACCAAUGAUGAUGAUGAUUAAUGAAAUGAAUUUUAAUAAUCAUUUAGCUACGAAUACGAUCAACAACAAAUAACACAAACUACCAAUACGAAAAUGUAAAAUGUUUUUCUCUUCAAUAAAAAAAAAUAAUAUGUUUAUUA